AUGACUAUUUCUUCUGCACAUCCAGAGACAGAACCAAAGUGGUGGAAAGAGGCCACGUUCUAUCAAAUUUACCCAGCAAGUUUCAAAGACUCUAAUGACGAUGGCUGGGGUGACAUGAAAGGGAUUGCCUCCAAGCUGGAGUACAUCAAAGAGCUUGGUGCCGAUGCCAUUUGGAUCUCACCAUUCUACGACUCGCCACAAGAUGAUAUGGGUUACGAUAUUGCCAACUACGAAAAGGUCUGGCCAACAUAUGGUACGAAUGAAGACUGCUUUGCCUUGAUCGAAAAGACACAUAAGCUUGGUAUGAAAUUUAUCACCGACUUGGUCAUCAAUCACUGUUCCAGCGAACAUGAAUGGUUCAAAGAGAGCAGAUCCUCGAAGACUAAUCCAAAGCGUGACUGGUUCUUCUGGAGACCUCCUAAAGGUUAUGACGCCGAAGGCAAGCCAAUUCCUCCAAACAAUUGGAAAUCCUAUUUUGGUGGUUCCGCAUGGACCUUCGAUGAAAAGACACAAGAAUUCUACUUGCGUUUGUUUUGCUCCACUCAACCUGAUUUGAAUUGGGAGAAUGAAGACUGUAGAAAGGCAAUCUACGAAAGUGCCGUUGGAUACUGGUUAGACCAUGGUGUAGACGGCUUUAGAAUUGAUGUCGGAAGUUUGUACUCCAAAGUUGUAGGUUUACCAGAUGCUCCUGUUGUUGACAAAAACUCGACUUGGCAAUCCAGUGAUCCAUACACAUUGAAUGGACCACGUAUUCACGAGUUCCAUCAAGAAAUGAAUCAAUUCAUCAGAAACAGAGUGAAGGAUGGCAGGGAGAUUAUGACAGUUGGUGAAAUGCAACAUGCCUCCGACGAAACUAAGAGACUUUAUACGAGUGCUUCAAGACACGAACUUAGUGAGUUAUUUAACUUUUCCCACACUGAUGUGGGGACUUCACCUUUGUUCCGUUACAACUUGGUCCCAUUUGAACUGAAGGAUUGGAAGAUUGCCCUUGCUGAGCUGUUCAGGUACAUUAAUGGUACAGAUUGUUGGUCAACAAUCUAUCUGGAAAAUCACGACCAACCUCGUUCAAUUACGAGAUUUGGUGACGAUUCUCCCAAGAACCGUGUUAUUUCUGGUAAGUUACUCUCUGUGUUGCUAAGUGCCUUGACCGGUACUCUAUAUGUGUAUCAGGGACAAGAGCUUGGCCAAAUCAAUUUCAAGAACUGGCCUGUUGAAAAGUACGAGGAUGUCGAAAUCAGAAACAACUACAAUGCCAUUAAAGAAGAGCAUGGGGAAAACUCAGAGGAGAUGAAAAAGUUUUUAGAAGCCAUUGCCCUUAUCUCCAGGGACCAUGCUAGAACACCUAUGCAAUGGUCUCGUGAGGAGCCAAAUGCUGGUUUUUCUGGUCCUAGUGCUAAACCAUGGUUUUACUUGAACGACUCUUUCAGAGAAGGCAUUAACGUCGAAGAUGAAAUCAAGGAUCCCAACUCGGUUUUGAACUUCUGGAAGGAGGCCUUGAAGUUUAGAAAGGCGCAUAAAGACAUUACUGUGUACGGAUACGAUUUCGAGUUUAUUGAUUUAGACAAUAAGAAGUUGUUUAGCUUCACAAAGAAGUACAACAAUAAAACAUUGUUUGCGGCUUUGAACUUUAGCUCUGAUGCGACAGAUUUCAAGAUUCCAAAUGAUGAUUCAUCGUUCAAGUUAGAGUUUGGAAACUAUCCAAAGAAGGAGGUAGAUGCCUCUUCCAGAACAUUGAAGCCAUGGGAAGGAAGAAUAUAUAUCAGCGAAUGA